CCCAGCCCCUUUGCUGUCAUUUGUGCCGCGACUCGGCAGGACUCCAAAGUGUAACGAAAUGGUCAAAAUUCAAGAUGAAUUGCGUGGAUGGUAGACUUGCAAGCAAGUGCGUAGAAUGUGUGUACGAAGAGCUACGUCAGACCCGAGGACUCAGCGAUGCACUGAUAGUAGUCGACCAUGUGGAGUUUCACGUCCACAAGAUCAUCAUGUGCAAUUGCAGCCCGUACUUUGGGGCCCUCUUUCUACGUUGGUCCACCCCAGACCAGAAGGUCUAUGCCAUACAAGGUCUUACAGCUCACUUAAUGAAUCUCUUUAUUGAUUUUGCAUACACGGGCUGCGUGUCGGUGACAGAGGACAAUGUCAAGGACUUGUUAAUAGCCGCCGACAAGUUCAACGUCAUAGGUGUGGUGGAAAUCUGCUGCCAGUUUCUAACGGAGCAGCUGUGUCCAGAGAACUGCAUCGGCAUCUGGCAGUUCACCAGGAACUGUCACACCCCGCAGCUGCAGACCAAUGCCUACCAAUAUAUUUUAUACCACUUUGAGGAGGUGGCUACCACGGACGAGUUGCGGCAACUCUCAAUGCAGGAUUUGAGCGAUAUGCUCGACAGAGAUGACCUGAUCGUGAAAAAGGAGAACAUCGUUUACGAGGCCAUCUUACACUGGAUUGCUCAAGAGCCUUGGGAGCGGAGCAGAAACAUGCCGAUGCUCCUGGCCAAGGUCCGUCUCGCACUGACCAGUCAGGAGUACAUAGCCAUCAACGUGCUGACUAACCAACUGGUGCAGAACAGCCGUGAAUGCCUGGAGAUGGUCCACUUCGCGUCACGUGUGAUUAGUCACAUGGCGAGUAGCUCCGUAUCCGCUUACUGCAACUUGGUGGCCCGUCCUCGCCUGCCUUCUGCUAUUCUGCUAGCCAUCGGGGGCUGGAGCGGCCCGAGCGCCACCGAGUGCAUCGAGGUCUAUGACGUCCACGCCAACUGUUGGGACUACCUCUUUGACAAUAUGGACCAACCCCGAGCGUACUGCGGCGCCAUCUUUCUCAAUGACGCCAUCUACUGCCUUGGCGGCUUUGACGGCACGGAACACUACAACACCGUCAGCCGCUUUGACCUGAAAACGCGCACCUGGCAAGAAGUGGCACCCAUGCACUCGCGCCGAUGCUACGUGAGCGUCACCGUGCUAAACGGGUGCAUCUUUGCGUUAGGGGGUUAUGACGGACAUGUAAGACUUAAGACAGCCGAGUACUACAGGCCUGAAACCAACCAGUGGACCCUUAUUACCAGUAUGCACGAACAGAGGAGCGAUGCCAGCUGCACCACACUUAAUGACAAGAUUUACAUUUGCGGUGGCUUUAAUGGAAACGAACCCUUGCAAACGGCAGAAUAUUACAGUCCAGAGACCAACGAGUGGACAGCGAUGGCUCCAAUGAGCAGCCGUCGCAGUGGUGUCGGAGUCAUUGGCUUUGCUGACCAUGUUUACGCAGUUGGAGGCUACGAUGGCGAAGUCCGUCUGACCAGCGCAGAGGCCUACAACCCUCGAACUAACAACUGGAUCGUGUUGCCCCCCAUGCAAUGCCCCCGAAGCAACUUUGGCAUCGAAGUAGUGGAGGACUGUCUCAUUGUCGCCGGGGGUUACAACGGCGUCUCCACCACUAGCCACGUGGAAUACUACGACCUGACGACCGGUCUCUGGUCUCCAUCAAGCGACAUGUGUAUUUCCCGUAGCGGUCUCACUUGUUGCGUGAUGACUGGACUCUGCAACAUGACCCAAUGUGCUAUCAUUCGAAACGAUCUACCGUUGCUCUUCCUGGAAGACGAUAUGACACAAAUGGACGAUGAUGUUUAAACAGAACACAUGUCGACUGCCCUGAGAAGUCAACUGAAAAGGUUUUCACAACCAAGAGGAAAAAAUUCAAUAAAAGAGAAAAAAAGCCAUUACUACAAAAGAUGCGGAUUUUUUUUGUUUUUAUUAUUAUUUUUCUCAGACAAGAAGAAUUUAGAUCUAUCUCAUCUAGGGGUCUGUAAAAUAUUUCCAAUCUAUUUUUUCUCACCUCUUAACUAAGGAAUUUAAGCCAAAACUUGGUGACAACCAUUCAUGCUUCGUGGGGUGGAGGGACAAAUAAAGUGAGACAAGGAAAUAUCUUAACUGUUGGGUGC